UUUUAUAUAUUUACUAAAUUUGUUUUCUGAAAGCCAUUAAAAUGUUAUAAUUUCGUAAAUUUACUGGCGACGGUAAAGCGUGUACGCACACCAUCCUUUUUCGGCUGUUGGGUUACGCCGAAAACGGGGUGGCGUGCAUAUUCUUUACCUUCGCCAACUUACUUAUGUGGGCCCUUUAUUGUCAUUACUAACGAUUGAUUUUAAAUCCAAUGUUGACAUAUUUUAUGAACUCAUGUCUUAAUGAAACAGUUUUGCUGCUUAUGUAAAUUCUAAGUAUUUAAAUAAUAAAUUCGACGGGAGAUAACUCUAAUGUGCUCCAGCAUGUUUAAUUGAGAAAACCCGCAAAAACAGCCCUGAGCAGGAGUCGGUGAACCGGGUUAAAUUACCCCUAGUGGGGUAAAAAUGAAAAUCUUGGAGGGCGAUUUUGGUCCUUUUGAAGCUGGAAUACCAACUUCGGUUCCUUUGUGGUUAGCAGUGAAUCUAAAACAGAGAUGCCGUGGUCGAAUUAUUCCUCCAGCAUGGAUGAAUAUAGAUGACCUUAAUUUGAAAAAACAAGAAGAGCUCGAGAGCAGACUCUUCACAAAAAUGCCAUCUCGAUAUUACAUUGAAAUAACACAACUUCUGCUCAAAAAUGCUCCUGAAGACAUCCCCAAAGCUGAUGAACUACGAACUCUUAUUAAAGACAUCUGGGACUUGCGCAAAGCAAAAUUACGAAGCAGUAUUGAUACUUUCAUCAAAAGUGAUGCCACACAUGCUAAGCUGAAUCAUUUGACUCCAAUGGAAAUAAAUACUAUCCGUGCUGUACUUACUGAGACCAUGAACCAUAUAAAUGUACUAAGAAAUAACAUUCAUACAAAAUAUACAGGAAAUUCACAAGAUAUAUGAACAUUUAAUAAUACUCAUUAAUAAAAUUACAAAUCAUCUCUC